UGCGGCCGCGGGCACUUUGGCACCCUGCGUGCUGGACACGGCUCUGCUGCUCCCUGGCCAUGGGUGCUGCAGGGGCUGGGGCACAGCCGUGACCUUUCCUGGGCUGCCCGAGGAGGAAGAGUGGAUUACGGCGUGAACUUCUGGCUCGCAGCCAGUGCCCUUGCGGAAAAAAUAAAUCACCUGGAUAUCCGCGUGUGCUGGGGACAGCUUCCCUGGAGCUGGUGUUCUCCUCGCCAAAAUGGCUCACGCGGCCGCUUCCAUUAAAAAAGUUCGGGAGUCUGAAAUCGAAGAGAGGGAGAGAAACCUUGAGAAGGAAAGGAAAAGACAGCGGAAAAUCUCUAGGGCUGAUCGGAAACGCAAGUCUGACAGCAAUGCAAGCUUUCUCCGAGCUGCCAGAGCUGGCAAUUUGGACAAGGUAGUGGAAUACCUGAAAAGUGGAAUAGACAUUAACACCUGUAAUCAGAAUGGGCUCAAUGCUCUGCACCUGGCAGCCAAGGAGGGCCACGUGGGACUGGUACAGGAGUUGCUGGAAAGAGGCUCGGCUGUGGAUUCUGCCACUAAGAAAGGGAAUACAGCCCUGCACAUUGCCUCCUUAGCAGGACAAGCUGAAGUUGUCAAAGUUCUGGUGAAGGAGGGAGCCAAUAUCAAUGCACAAUCUCAGAAUGGCUUUACUCCUUUGUACAUGGCAGCUCAAGAGAACCACAUUGAGGUGGUGAAAUAUCUCCUGGAGAAUGGAGCCAACCAAAGCACAGCUACCGAGGACGGUUUCACCCCUCUGGCUGUGGCACUGCAGCAGGGACACAACCAGGCAGUGGCCAUCCUGCUGGAGAACGACACCAAGGGCAAGGUGCGGCUGCCCGCGCUGCACAUCGCCGCCAGGAAGGACGACACCAAGUCGGCGGCGCUGCUGCUGCAGAACGACCACAACGCCGACGUGCAGUCCAAGAGCGGCUUUACCCCUCUGCACAUCGCUGCACACUACGGCAAUGUCAACGUGGCCACGCUGCUGCUGAACCGCGGAGCUGCAGUCGACUUCACCGCCAGGAAUGGAAUCACCCCACUGCAUGUGGCUUCCAAAAGGGGAAACACAAACAUGGUGAAGCUCUUGUUGGAUCGCGGAGGGCAGAUCGAUGCCAAAACCAGGGAUGGACUCACCCCACUGCACUGUGCAGCACGAAGUGGCCACGACCAGGUUGUGGAGCUGCUCCUGGAGCGAGGUGCCCCGCUGCUCGCACGGACCAAGAAUGGACUGUCCCCACUCCACAUGGCAGCCCAGGGGGACCACGUGGAAUGUGUCAAGCACCUCCUGCAGCAUAAGGCUCCCGUGGACGACGUGACGCUGGACUACCUGACUGCCCUGCACGUGGCUGCUCACUGCGGCCACUACCGUGUCACCAAGCUCCUGCUGGACAAGAGAGCCAAUCCCAACGCCCGUGCCCUGAACGGUUUUACUCCACUGCACAUUGCCUGCAAGAAAAAUCGCAUCAAAGUCAUGGAACUCCUGGUGAAAUAUGGGGCUUCAAUCCAGGCUAUAACAGAGUCGGGCCUCACACCAAUACACGUGGCUGCAUUUAUGGGCCACUUGAACAUAGUCCUCCUCCUGCUGCAGAACGGAGCCUCUCCCGAUGUCACUAACAUUCGUGGAGAAACUGCAUUGCACAUGGCAGCACGCGCCGGGCAGGUGGAAGUGGUUCGCUGCCUCCUGAGGAACGGGGCCCUGGUGGAUGCCCGAGCCAGGGAAGAACAGACCCCGCUGCACAUCGCCUCCCGCCUGGGCAAGACGGAGAUCGUGCAGCUGCUGCUGCAGCACAUGGCGCACCCCGACGCCGCCACCACCAACGGCUACACCCCGCUGCACAUCUCUGCCCGCGAGGGGCAGCUCGACGUCGCCUCCGUGCUCCUCGAGGCGGGCGCCUCGCACUCCAUGUCCACCAAGAAGGGAUUCACACCGCUGCAUGUGGCAGCCAAAUAUGGGAGCCUGGAAGUGGCAAAACUCCUGCUGCAGCGCCGUGCCUGUCCUGAUUCUGCUGGCAAGAACGGCCUCACCCCGCUGCACGUGGCGGCGCACUACGACAACCAGAAGGUGGCGCUGCUGCUGCUGGAGAAGGGCGCCUCGCCUCACGCCACCGCCAAGAAUGGAUACACCCCUCUGCAUAUCGGCAAGAAAAACCAGAUGCAGAUAGCUACCACUCUGUUGAACUACGGGGCUGAGACCAACAUCUUGACCAAGCAGGGAGUCACCCCACUUCAUUUAGCCUCCCAGGAAGGUCACACUGACAUGGUGACUUUGCUUUUGGAGAAGGGAUCCAACAUCCACGUGGCAACAAAGGCUGGACUGACAUCCUUGCACCUUGCAGCUCAAGAGGAUAAAGUGAACGUAGCCGAGAUACUCACCAAACACGGUGCGAACCAGGAUGCUCAGACAAAGCUUGGUUAUACACCUUUAAUUGUGGCCUGUCACUAUGGAAACAUCAAAAUGGUGAAUUUUCUCCUCAAGCACGGAGCAAAUGUCAAUGCUAAAACAAAGAAUGGGUACACCCCUCUGCACCAGGCUGCUCAGCAAGGCCACACUCACAUCAUCAACGUUCUGCUGCAGCACGGGGCCAAGCCCAACGCCAUCACCACGAAUGGUAACACAGCCUUAGCCAUCGCCAGGCGCCUGGGAUACAUCUCUGUGGUCGAUACGCUGAAGGUUGUCACAGAGGAGAUCACCACCACCACAACUACUGUAACAGAGAAGCACAAGCUAAAUGUUCCCGAGACAAUGACUGAGGUCCUGGAUGUGUCAGAUGAAGAAGGUGAUGACACAAUGACAGGAGAUGGAGGGGAGUACCUUAGGCCAGAAGACCUCCGGGAGCUGGGAGAUGACUCUUUGCCAAGCAGCCAGUUCUUAGAUGGAAUGAACUACCUGAGGUACAGCUUGGAAGGAGGACGCUCAGACAGCCUGCGGUCCUUCAGUUCCGACAGGUCCCACACGCUGAGCCACGCCUCCUACCUGCGCGACAGCGCCAUGAUCGACGACACCGUGCUCAUCCCCAGCCAGCAGGUAACAACUCUGGCCAAAGAAGCUGAAAAGAAUUCAUAUCGCUUAAGCUUGGGCCCUGAAAUCUUGGACAAUGUGGCUCUUUCUUCCAGCCCUAUUCAUUCAGGCUUCCUGGUGAGUUUCAUGGUGGACGCUCGCGGCGGCGCCAUGCGGGGCUGCCGGCACAACGGGCUGCGCAUCAUCAUCCCCCCGCGCAAGUGCACGGCGCCGACGCGCGUGACGUGCCGCCUGGUGAAGCGCCACCGGCUGGCCACCAUGCCGCCCAUGGUGGAGGGAGAAGGGCUGGCCAGCCGCCUCAUCGAAGUGGGACCCUCUGGGGCUCAGUUCCUUGGGCCCGUGAUUGUGGAGAUUCCCCAUUUUGCUGCCCUGCGUGGCAAGGAGAGAGAGCUGGUGAUCCUGCGCAGCGAGAACGGGGACAGCUGGAAGGAGCAUUUCUGUGAAUACACCGAGGAUGAACUGAACGAAAUCCUGAAUGGCAUGGAUGAAGUGCUUGACACUCCCGAGGAGCUUGAGAAGAAGCGGAUCUGCCGCAUCAUCACGCGGGAUUUCCCUCAGUACUUCGCGGUGGUGUCCCGGAUCAAGCAGGACAGCAACCUCAUCGGGCCCGAGGGGGGCGUGCUGAGCAGCACCGUGGUCCCUCAGGUGCAGGCUGUCUUCCCAGAAGGGGCACUCACCAAGAGAAUCCGCGUUGGCCUCCAGGCUCAACCUAUGCACACUGAACUUACAAAGAAGAUUUUGGGCAACAAGGCUACCUUCAGUCCCAUAGUCACGCUGGAGCCCAGGAGAAGGAAGUUCCACAAGCCCAUCACCAUGACCAUUCCCGUGCCCAAGGCCUCCAGCGACGGGCUCAUGAACGGCUACGGAGGCGACACGCCCACGCUGAGGUUACUGUGCAGCAUAACAGGAGGAACCACCCCUGCCCAAUGGGAAGACAUCACUGGGACAACACCACUGACCUUUGUUAAUGAAUGUGUUUCCUUCACAACAAAUGUGUCUGCCAGAUUUUGGUUGAUAGACUGUCGUCAGACACAAGAAUCUGUUACUUUUGCUUCCCAAGUAUACAGAGAAAUUAUCUGUGUCCCCUACAUGGCCAAGUUUGUGGUGUUUGCCAAAUCUCAUGAUCCCAUUGAAGCACGGUUAAGAUGUUUCUGUAUGACGGAUGACAAGGUGGAUAAAACUCUAGAACAACAAGAAAACUUUGCUGAAGUUGCCAGGAGCAGGGAUGUAGAGGUGUUAGAAGGAAAACCCAUCUACGUUGACUGCUUUGGCAAUCUGGUGCCGCUCACAAAGAGUGGGCAGCACCAUAUAUUCAGUUUCUUUGCUUUCAAAGAAAAUAGACUUCCUCUGUUUGUUAAGGUCCGAGAUAGCACUCAAGAGCCCUGCGGACGAUUAUCAUUCAUGAAGGAGCCAAAAUCUACCAGAGGCCUGGUUCAUCAAGCCAUAUGUAAUUUAAACAUCACUUUACCCAUUUACACAAAGGAAUCAGAUUCAGAUCCAGAACCAGAAGAGGUUGAUAUGACUUCAGAAAAAAAUGACGAGACAGAAUCUACAGAAACAUCUGUCCUGAAAAGCCAUCUGGUUAAUGAAGUCCCUGUACUAGCCAGUCCAGACCUGUUGUCUGAAGUUUCUGAGAUGAAACAAGAUCUGAUCAAAAUGACUGCCAUCCUGACAAGUGACCCUUCUGAUAAAUCAGGCUCCAUUAAGGUGAAAGAUCUUGAAAAGUCUGCUGAAGAAGAGCCAGGAGAACCUUUUGAAAUAGUUGAAAGAGUGAAAGAGGACUUAGAAAAAGUAAAUGAAAUUCUGAGAGGCGGAUCAUACACCAGAGAAGAACAUAUUUUGCAGAAGUCCCUUUCCAGGCAAGAGCCCUUGGAAGAAGAAUGGAUCAUUGUCAGCGAUGAAGAAAUUGAAGAGGCCAGGAGAAAUGCUCCGUCAGAAGUCACAGAGCCGAGCCGCGUAGAAGUCAGGGUAGACAAAGGGACAACAAAAAAAGGGGAGCCAGACAUGACAGGAACGGUGGAUUACCUCGCAGAGGAUUUAAAAACACACGUUUCUCUUCACGAGGGACAGCCACAGGCCUUACAAGAGGAGGUAGUAGAAGAGAAAAUCAAAGCUGUAGCAGUAAGCAGGGAUUCUGAAAAGAAAGGAAAAGAAUCUCCAAAAACUGGGAAACCAAGCUUGCAGGAGCAACAGAAGGCAGCAUCAGAAGUUAAAAAGCCCUUUAGGGCAAAACUACGAGAAAAGCCAAAGCCAAAGGAAGGCAAGGUGCACAGCAGCGGAGAGAAACUGAGACUGCCUAAGCUCACUGCAGACGAGGCACCGGCUGGGGAGCCUGGCCUAAAGGUGACAGGUACUCCAGAGCCUAAAGCUGUGUCCCCUGUUAUCGAGGAAACUCCCAUUGGCUCAAUAAAGGAUAAAGUGAAAGCUCUUCAGAAACGAGUGGAAGAUGAGCAAAAAGUACGCUCAAAACUGCCCGUCAGAGUUCAGGCAAAAGAAGGCCCUGCCGAAAAGGCGCCUAAAAAACCAGCACAAGUCAAAAAGCCGGUAGCACACAAAGCCCAGCCGCCCGUCUCACCUUCUUCCAAGACAGAGAGACUGGAAGAGACCAUGUCUGUUCGGGAGCUAAUGAAAGCCUUCCAGUCAGGGCAAGACCCCUCCAAGAAUAUUUCCGGACUCUUUGAACACAAAUCUGUCAAGCAGAAGCAACAGGCCCCUGAGAAGGAAACUCCCCGCAAGAAAACAAUUCCUUUGCAGAGCGAAACAAAGCGAGUGUCAAACCUCAAGACAGACAAACAGAAGGACAAACCAAGCACAGUGUCAAAAGCAGAGAAAGAGCCACAAUCAAAGAAAGGAAAAGCUCAAAUUUCCACCAUCGAAACUGCCAAAAAAGCUAGUGGCAAAGACCAAGUAAAAGAUCAGAGCAGCAAAAAGCCAGCCCAACCUCUCCCUCCGGUAAUGGUUGCUGAAAGUGCCAAAGAAACGGCAGCUGGGAAGGGCAGGACUUCUGAUGAUCAGGGGGAUCUUGACUUCCAGAUCAGCCCUGACAGGAAAACCUCAACAGACUUUUCUGAUGUCAUUAAAGAAGAACUGGAGGAUAACGACAAAUACCAACAGUUCCGACAUCUCUCGGUGACAGAGGAGGGAGAGGUUAACUUGGAGCAAGUCCUGACCAGUCCUUUUGGUGCUGCUUUUCCUACGGAGUAUGGGAAAGACGGAUUCCUUCCUGCUCUUUCUCUGCAAAGCGCUGCUCUUGAUGGGAGCUCAGAGAGCCUUAAACACGAAGGUGUGGCUGACUCUCCAGGCAGCCUACUUGACGGAACCCCUCAGAUCAGCUCAGAGGAAAGUUACAAGCAUGAGGGUCUGGCAGAGACUCCUGAAACUAGCCCAGAAAGCCUUUCAUUCUCACCAAAGAAAACUGAUGGGCAAAUUGAAGACGCUAAAGGAGCGGCUCAAGUAGACACAACAGCAGAAACACGUUCUACAAAGGAACUCUCCUCAAAGGAAGAUGAAAAAGGUAUUACUGAGAGGCAGCUAGAUGCUGUUACUGAGACUAGUGAGUCUCAUUCUGACUGUUUAUCAGAAGAGCAUGUACCUCCAGCCUCUGAAGAAGAGGCUGAUAAACUUAAAGAAAGUAGCUCAGCUUCCAUUGUGAAAGAUAUUAGCAGGGAUAAAGAAUCCAGAACCACUGCACAUUUCACUAAGUCUUCUGAAACACAUGACACUGCUUUAGAGAAAGAAAAAGAUGUAGCCUGUGAACGCCGUCUUACAGUUAGAAGUCCCCAGAAACUGGAACUUGCACUUGCUAGCCAUGAUAGUGAAGGCUUUAGCCCAGUUGCAGAUGACUCUUUGACUAUAAGUCAUAAAGACUCCCUGGAAGCAAGCCCAGUGCUAGAAGAUAACUCAUCACACAAAACGCCCGACUCUUUGGAGCCCAGUCCUAUGAAAGAGUCCCCCUGCCGCGAUUCCCUUGAAAGCAGCCCCGUAGAACCAACAGUGAAGGCUUGCAUUUUGGGGCAGGGUCCUCUUCCAUCUGUUCAUAGCAAAGCAGAAGCCUGCCCAGAGCUGGCAUCGGUGCGUUCCAGGAUUCUCCGUGACCCUGAGGGAAGUGCCGAUGAUGACAGUCUGGAGCAAACAUCCCUCAUGGAGAGUUCGGGAAAAAGCCCCGUUUCCCCCGAAACUCCUAGUUCAGAAGAAAUUAGCUAUGAAAUUACACCUAAAAUGGCAGACAUACCCAAGUCAGCCACCAUCCCCGAAGUCAAUGAAGAACCAGAGGACGAUUCGGAAAGUGAACCAAAGAAGAGAUUCACCCCUGAAGAAGAGAUGUUUAAAAUGGUGACCAAAAUCAAAAUGUUUGAUGAAUUGGAACAAGAAGCAAAACAGAAGAGAGAUCAUAAAAGGAGUUGUAAGCAAGAUGAAUCUUCUGUGGUUGCCAAUUCAGAGGCCUCACGGGAGGCUGAAGCAUCAGAGCAGAGUACUGUAGUAGAAAAAGGCAUACCCACAGUGGUGACACCUGCUGCUGAAUCUAGAAAGAGUUCUUCCUCUUCCGAAAGCGAGCCAGAAUUGACUCGGCUCAAAAAAGAAGCCGACUCCGGCCUCUUAAUGGAGCCUGUGAUCCGAGUGCAGCCACCCUCACCAUUACCAUCUAGUAUUGACUCCAGCUCUAGCCCUGAUGAAGCAGGUUUCCAACCCAUUGAUUCCCAGCCAUGCUCUGUCAGGGUAGAUGAGGUUAAAGCACCAGGCAAAGGUGACAAAGAGGAGCUGCUUAUCCUUGGGCGCAGCUGUAAGCCUUCCAUGGGCACUUGUCCUUCCGAUGGUUGUGCGCCAGCAGAAAGUGUGGAAUCCAAAUGCUGUGAUGGUACAGGCGACUGUGAGACGGUCAGUCCCAAUGCCCCGUUCGCACGAUCUGGGUGUACUCCCUGUCACUCUGUUGGUGGCAGCUGUCAAAAAGAGGUUCACGCUGAGUCAUCACUAACAACGGGGAAGUGCGAUGCUACUGAAAAAGGUGUCAAACCCGCGGCCCUGUUACCAGGCAGCGAUCUCAUUUCUACGCAAGCUGUGCCAGAAGAGGCAGAUGGUCUUUGUCAUGGACACGGUACCACUGAGUUCUCUGUCCCGUGCGAUGGCAAACUGGCCGAAGGUGACACCCCUGACCAUUCUGCUUUGGCAAGGGAUUCGGGAAAAACAGAUACAGGUUGUGAGACAUCUCACAGGGCUGCUCAUGCUGAGGAGCCUUUACCAGAGUACUCGUCCCUAACCACUGACACAAGGGAGCUCGACAGCUGUGCAGCAGAUGUCUCUGAUGGUAGUGCUCCGUAUAUAGUGAGCCCUUACGAAAAUGUGUCUUCUGGGCAUUUCUUCAUUGACUCUGAAAGUGAGGUAGGAUCUGGCAGAAGUCUGCUAUCUAGGGAAACCUAUUCUAUUGCAGAAGGGAAAGAGCAGACUGGUGAAGCUCUACUUAGCAGAGACACGGGCAGUGAAUAUUGCUCUUCAGAGCAAGUGUACAUGGAAAUAGAGCCCAAACAAGAGGAUGGAUUUCAGACAAUAUCGCAAGGGUCUCCGACCUCAGAAUCAACAAAAUUACCUGAGUCUGCCCUUGAGGAUAUAAGAGAUGAAUCAGAGAAAUUGGUGGGUCAGGUUGUCAUCACCAGAACCGAUGUAGAUUCUGACAUGUGGAGUGAAAUACGUGAAGACGAUGAAGCUUUUGAAGCUCGGGUGAAGGAAGAGGAACAGAAGAUAUUUGGGUUGAUGGUAGACAGGCGAUCCCAAGGCACAACCCCUGACACAACACCAGCCAGGACACCCACCGAAGAGGGGACGCCGCUCAGUGAACAAAAUCCUUUUAUUUUUCAGGAAGGCAAGUUGUUUGAGAUGACUAGAAGUGGAGCCAUUGACAUGACCAAAAGGAACUACCCAGAUGAAAACUUUCACUUCUUCCAGGUGGGGCAGGAGCCUCAGGAAGAAGUUUCUUUAUGUGAAGAAGUGAAAGAAGCAGCAGAGGCGGAAUCCUCAAAGCUGAAGGGGUCAGUGGACCCAUUUGCACCGUCAGAGUCAGAGGAGUCAGAUAUACAAGAACAAGAUGCAUUGAGAUAUUCACCCACAUCACCUGAGUCUAGUGAUAGAUCUGAAGAAAUGAUGGGUGAAGGUGCCAGCGCAGGCACUGCAAAACCAGAUCUUAAAUCCAGAAUUCCAAUUAAAAUGGGUAUUUCAGCUUCUUCAAAAUCACCAAAGAAAGAAAUUGCUGCCUCUGAAGCUGAACCCCUCUCCAGAACGGAGACUGACACGGUUGAUAGCUGUCAGGUGCCUUGCCCCAUCUCUCCCGAGCAGUGUGCGGUAGAAGAUGAAUUAAAUUUUUCCAAAGUCACUCGAUUGGUUAGUUCUGAACAGGGUGAGGAGUCCCCAGACUCUUCCCCAGAGGAGCAGAGAUCUGUGAUUGAAAUCCCCACUGCUCUAAUGGAGAGUGUGCCUUCUUGUGAAAGCAAAUCCAAAAUCCCUGUAAGAACAGCUGCUGCUGCAUCGCAAUCCUCACAACAAUCGGAAAACGAGAGCCUUUCCCCGGAUGACUUCCUGGACAGUUCGCAGUGUGAAGGAAAAGAUGACCAAGCGAAACCAAAGUCUAAAAUUCCCGUGAAAUCCGCUUUCCAAAAAGCCGAACCACAGCACUCAUACGCGGACACGACGGUCCGCAAGCCAGAGUCACCCAAAGCGCUCGACGUGACGAGCGCGGUCCCUGCAAAGGCAGACAGCCGCAGUAAAUCGGAAUCUGACGCCAGUAGUCCCGUGGACCCAAAGACCAAACGUUCCAUCAAAGCUAGGAGUUAUGCUGAGGCAGAGGCAGAGGCCAGGGAGAGGGAGAGUGAGAUGAAGUUUGAGCUAGACUCAGAUGAGGUGACAGCAAGAUCGAAGGUAUUUUCUUCACGGUUACCAGUUAAAAGCAGAAGCGCUACAGGCUCCCGCAGUGCUUUUAGUCCCACAAAAGACAGUAAGGACAAUUUUUUUGAUCUUUACAAAAACUCUAUAGAGUUUUUUGAAGAAAUUAGUGAUGAAGCUUCUAAAUUAGUGGAAAGACUCACGCAGUCAGAGAGAGAACAAGAAUUAGUUUCAGAUGAUGAAAGCAGUAGUGCCCUAGAAGUUUCAGUUAUUGAAAAUGUGCCAUCCAGUGAGACUCAGCAGUCAGUUCCUGAAGACAUCUUUGACAUCAGACCCAUUUGGGAUGAGUCUGUAGAGACUCAGAUUGAACGUAUCCCUGACGAAAAUGCCCAUGACCGUGCUGAAGAUCAACAGGAUGAUCAGGAAAGGACAGAGGAAAGACUGGCCCACAUUGCGGAUCAUCUUGGAUUCAGCUGGACAGAGCUAGCAAGAGAACUGGACUUCACAGAGGAGCAAAUUCACCAAAUCCGAAUUGAAAAUCCCAAUUCUCUUCAAGACCAGAGCCAUGCACUCCUCAAAUAUUGGCUUGAAAGGGAUGGGAAACAUGCAACAGAUACCAAUCUGACCCAAUGUCUCACGAAAAUCAACCGCAUGGACAUCGUUCACCUGAUGGAGACCAGCGGCAUAGACCCCGUGCAGGGCCACGGCACACGCACCUACGCGGACACGGAGCAGUCCUUGGCAUUGGACCACAGUGAAGGGUUUUCAGCACUGCAAGAGGAAGUGUACAGCUCGAGAAACAAGCAGGAGCGGCAGAGACUAUCCAAGGACGGCGAGCCAACCGAGCACCCCCCUCUGGUCUCCGAGGAAGACGUGUCUGUCAGUUAUUCCCCCUUCCAGGACAGCACUCCCAGGAGCGAGGCCGAAGUGUCCAUGGCUGAGCUUCUGAGGCAAGCACACAAGGAACAAGUGGAAGCUGAAUUCUCAGGGAAACCCCAAGACGUGCCAGGGAAACCAUCUGCUUCACAACAGGAAUAUUUUGCCACGACUCCAGGAACAGAGCAGUCCAUGGGAGCUGGAAAAUCUGCGCACUCAAGCACGGCCAAGGGAGAGGCGCAGAGAGCCCCCCCGCAGCCUCCAUCCCCUGUGCAGAGAGGGGAGUCCCCCAUCAUUCAAGAGCCUGAGGACCCCCAGCUCCACCAGGAAAGCCUCUCUCCAAGGAGAUCUAGUCUCUUGAUUGUGGAGUCCACUGAGGAGCAGAUGGAGAAGUCUGGAAGGGGCUUUGAAGAGGAAUCUUUAGAAAAGGAGUUAGCAGAGGAGUUAGGUGGGCUGGAGCUCAGCUCAGACGAGGACGAGAUGGUCACUACCAGAGUCAUUCGACGCCGGGUGAUCAUUCAGGCUGAUAGUAUGCCUGAAAUGCCACCAGAAACAGUCACAGAAGAGCAGUACACAGAUGAACAUGGCCACACAGUGGUAAAGAAGGUGACUCGCAAGAUCAUCCGGCGAUACGUUGCUCCAGAUGGCACGGAGAAAGAGGAAGUGCUAAUGCAGGGAGCACCGCAAGCCCCCGUCACUGUGCAAGAGGGAGAUGGUUAUUCCAAAGUGGUGAAGCGAGUUGUGCUGAGGAGUGACAGUGAGCACUCAGAGGUGACCCUGUCUGAACCUGCCAUUCUCUCUAGUGCCUCCAAAUUCCAGUCCGAACCAGUGGAGGGCCGGAAAGUCAGCAAGGUCAUAAAGACCACUGUAGUGCAUGGAGAGAGGACGGAGAAACACCUGGGGGAUGCCAGCCUGGCUUCUGAUCUUCCAUCAGCCAAAGAGGACUUUGAAGAGGCUUUGAGCUAUACAGGUCACCACAUGACAGUGCAAGUCCCUGCUUUGGUAGAGAAAGAAAUCAAGAAAGACGAUGGAUCAGUAAUUAAAAGGACAAUACUAAGUAAAGCCAGCACACAGAAGAGGACUGUGAUGAAGGACCGCUAUGGAAAACAUGUUCACAUAGAAGAGCUGGAAGACACCCCAGAAGCGCUCCCCAGGGAUGACCUCCAGCAUGACCUCCAGCAGCUUCUUAGGCACUUCUGCCAAGAGGACUGGACACAGGAGGCCAAGUGAGAAGCUGCCGCCCCUGCACAGCGCCACGUGACCCCUCCCAUACGCAGCCGUCACCGUCCCUGGUAGCAGAGUCGUCACUGCCGCUCCUAUCUGUGCAGCUGCAGUGAAUUCAUUUCUCCCCAUCCCAAGUUGCAUUUUGUGCUGUUAUGAUUUUUCACCCUGUAAGCUAAUUUGUGACCAAAGAUAGCAUCCUUCAGGCAGGAUAAUUUAUCCGCCAUGCUGGCACCUGUCAGCGCCGCCACUUGUCCCUGUCCCUUUGCUCUGGCGCUCGCUUACCGACACGGCCCUUGCCAAGCAGACUUCAUCGACAGGCCUCUUCCACUGACUGUGUACAGGCACCGUACAAAGGAGUUGACGUGUAAACUGUAAAUAGCAGAGUAUUUGAACUCACGAGACUGCAGAACAUUCACUGCCCACUCACUGUGGGCAUUGUGGGUUGCGAGAUGCAGCGACCCUGCGGAAUGGCAACAGAUCACGGAACGGUACCAGCCGGACCACAGACACUGACUGGCCCAGGAGGAAGUGCUGCAGAGCUACCGAGUCCUAAGAGUUACUGUGUAGAGAUCUGGUCUAGGCAAAGGCUGUGCGAGUCAGGCAAAAGUGAGCUGUUCACAUGAAUGACAGCUGACUGUGGCCAUUAAUUGUGCAGUCACCCUCACACAGCCACUGCAACGUUUCCAAAAGAAAAAGAAAGAAAAAGAAAGAAACACUUCCCCAACUAGGUACCCAAGUUGCAAGCAGCUCUACCUGUGGCAUGUUCACAUAUGGUGUUCAAGCCUAUAGAUCCGGACUUGUGGCAGGGUGUAUUAAACAAUCCUAACUCCGGUAGUUUCCCGUUUCCAUCACAGCUUAGCCAACCUCACCGACCGACUGGGGGUGCUUCCUGCUGGCCACUGCACUGUAGAUAACUACGGGACAAAGACUUACCCACUAUACAAGGAGAAUAAUUAAUUCACCGUGUUUUAUCGAGAUUGCCUCUUAGCCAAUACACGCAUGUGGCAUUUGAAGGUCAAAACCAAACCCUCCUAGAACCAUGUCAGCUUCUUGGCCCUCUUAGCACUGAGCGAGCAGUUUUUAUCUUCUAAGUGUUUUUUAAAGAACAAGUGCUCACAAUCCUCAGCAGCCUAUUUCUGUUCAUAUUUUGUUAUGUAACUAUAUAUUAUAUAUAUAUAUAUUUCUAAAUCGACCCUCUGAAAAACCACAUUAGCAUGUCUGCACUUUUAUUUUCCACAAGGGGAACGUAGGGAUCUGAUGUUUUGGGUGUUCUAUACCUUAAUAUUUAAUGGAGGAAGCUCUGUAGGGUUUUAGCAAAACACGCAUACACACAAACAUACCAACCUAAUGCUUUUAAACAGCUAUCUCAUUUUUUUAUAGUAGAGACAGCACCAGAGUAAAACCAACCCUCUCUUCUAGGAGCAAUCCUUUGUCCAAGCUUAUCUGGCCUUCUACAAUUAUAGGGUUCUUUGGUUUCGGUUUUUUUUUUUAAUGACUCACUCAGUGCUCAGAACAAGGGCACUUCCUCAUUAAGGUAAUAAUGCCAAAAGCAUGGAAACACCUCUGGAGUUCUGGCUUCCUGUGAGCAGAACCAUGAGGUGCCUUGCUGACACUUUUUGGGCAGGCAAGAAAAGGAACUUAAGGAAAAAAGUGUUUUGGCAGCCAAAUCGAAUGAGACCCUAGAUGAAACAUCUCACAGUGCAUCAUGUCUUCCUGACUGUCAGAGACAGCGCAGGAGGGUCUUCAAGGAUGGGGCUCUCAAGAAAUGCAUUUCUGUUGUGUUAUUUGCGGUGCAGAUGAUGUUCUGUGUAACAGCAUAAUGGUUAUUCACCUCUUAUUUUGAUUUUUUGCUGUGUUAUCAGAGAACUUGAAUACUGUGAGAAGAAGUGAAUUUUAAGUUGACGAAUCAGCAUCUUGUUCCCAUGGUGAUAACACUAAUUGAAUAUAUCUAUGAGGGCAUGUAUUAGUUAAAAUUAAAAAGAUACAACACUAACAAUACAUAGCUGCAAUGUGUACAAUGGCUGAUUUAACUAAAUAAAAAUGUACAAGUGUUAAAUGUA